UGUGGUUGUCGGUGAUGCUCCGCCCCCGGGCUGGGUUGUGUCUGGCUGAGUCUGUGCUGCACCCCGAGCUGCGGACACCCAGCGGGCGAGGAGCCGGCGCUCAGCCCUGCAACACUAUCAGGCGACGGGUGUAACCCCCCCCCUCUAAUAUACAAACAGGCUGCCGAAACUCAGUCCUGCAACACCCUGACGUGCUCCAUACUACCUCUCAUUCUCACCUUCGGGAAGAGUAAUUACGCUCCUGCUGUCCAUAUCUAUGGUCGUGUCGCCAAGAUCGUUCCCGGUAACAUGCACAUCCUGUUUACUCUGUUGACCCCGGCACACGCACAAGCGAUGUCUAUGAAGAGUGCGGCAUAGUAGGGGCGCUAGAGGAAAGAAAACGGAAGAACUACCCGAGAAUAAAAUAAGGAUUUUAAAAGGAAAAUAGUUCACAGAGGGAAGCACAUACAGCUAAUUGAUAAAAAAAAACAAACUAUUUCAAAAUGGCAAACAAUUCCACAGACCACCAUCCUGCCAACUCUGUGAAUGACGGCAGCUAUGAGGGGGACUUUGGCUGCAGUGUGGAUGAAUUGCGAGACCUCAUGGAGCUGCGAAGUGGGGAGGCAGUGAACCGAAUAAGGGAGACAUAUGGUGGGGUCCCCAACAUAUGCCGAAAACUCAAGACAUCCCCUGUUGAAGGAUUGUCAGGGAAUCCGUCAGACCUGGAAAAGCGAAGACAAAUUUACGGUAAAAACUUCAUCCCUCCCAAAAAAGCCAAAACCUUUUUGCAGCUUGUGUGGGAGGCACUGCAAGACGUCACCUUAAUCAUCCUGGAAAUCGCAGCCAUAAUAUCGCUGGGUCUGUCCUUCUACCACCCACAGGGGAGUGACAAUGAACAGUGUGGUGAGGUUUCUGCAGGAGUGGAAGAUGAGGGUGAAGCUCAGGCUGGCUGGAUCGAAGGGGCUGCCAUUCUUUUCUCAGUCAUCAUUGUGGUCCUGGUGACAGCAUUUAAUGACUGGAGCAAAGAGAAACAAUUUCGUGGCUUGCAAAGUCGGAUUGAGCAAGAGCAGAAAUUUACAGUUAUCCGCAAGAGCCAAGUUAUACAGAUUCCGGUGGCAGAACUUGUUGUGGGUGAUAUUGCACAAAUCAAGUAUGGUGACCUCUUGCCCGCUGAUGGCAUCUUGAUCCAGGGUAAUGACCUGAAAAUUGAUGAAAGCUCACUUACUGGGGAGAGCGACCAGGUGAAAAAAUCUCUUGAGAAGGAUCCCAUGCUGCUGUCGGGUACCCAUGUGAUGGAGGGGUCUGGGCGCAUGGUGGUCUCUGCCGUUGGUGUCAACUCUCAGACAGGCAUCAUAUUCACCCUCCUGGGGGCAAAUGAGGGUGCUGAGGAAGAUAAGAAAUCAAAGAAAGGUAAAAAACCAGGACCUACAGAAAAUCGCAACAAAGCCAAAGCUCAGGAUGGUGUAGCUCUGGAAAUUCAACCUCUGAAGAGUGAGGAGGGGGUUGAGAGCGAAGAAAAGGAGAAAAAAGUGAUUAAAGUUCCAAAGAAGGAAAAAUCUGUCCUGCAAGGAAAGCUGACCCGACUAGCAGUGCAGAUUGGGAAAGCAGGCCUCAUCAUGUCUGCCAUUACGGUCAUAAUUUUGGUACUGUACUUUGUAAUUCACACGUUUGGCGUGAUGGGACGUCCGUGGUUGGCAGAGUGCACUCCCAUUUACAUCCAGUAUUUUGUCAAGUUUUUCAUCAUUGGUGUCACGGUGCUGGUCGUAGCAGUUCCUGAAGGGCUGCCUCUUGCAGUCACAAUAUCCCUGGCUUACUCUGUCAAGAAAAUGAUGAAGGACAAUAACCUUGUGCGCCAUCUGGAUGCCUGCGAAACCAUGGGUAAUGCUACAGCCAUCUGCUCAGACAAGACAGGCACUUUGACUAUGAACCGCAUGACUGUUGUUCAAGCUUAUGUUGGUGGCACGCACUAUCGUCAAAUUCCUGAUCCUGAAGCACUUAACCCCAAAAUGCUUGAGCUGAUUGUCAAUGGGAUUUCUGUCAAUUCAGCAUACACUUCGAAAAUCCUGCCGCCUGAGAAAGAAGGUGGUCUUCCCCGGCAGGUGGGCAACAAGACAGAAUGUGCCCUGCUAGGCUUUGUGUUGGAUCUAAAGCAAGAUUACCAGGCUGUACGCAAUGAGAUUCCGGAGGAGAAACUGUAUAAGGUUUAUACAUUCAACUCGGUGCGCAAAUCCAUGAGUACAGUACUGAGCGAACCAUCAGGGGGAUUCCGGAUGUACAGCAAGGGAGCUUCUGAAAUCAUCCUGCGCAAAUGUACACAGAUUUUAGACCAAGAAGGGGAAUUGGGUCCUUUCAAGUCAAGAGACCGAGAUGAGAUGGUAAAGAAGGUGAUUGAACCUAUGGCAUGUGAUGGUUUACGUACUAUCUGUCUGGCAUAUCGUGACUUCCCUGCGGGAACAGAGCCUGAUUGGGACAAUGAGGGAAACAUUCUGUCUGAUCUCACCUGCAUCUCUGUAGUUGGCAUAGAGGAUCCUGUCAGACCAGAGGUGCCCGAAGCUAUCCAGAUGUGCCAACGUGCAGGGAUCACUGUGCGCAUGGUAACUGGUGACAAUAUAAAUACGGCUCGUGCCAUUGCUACCAAGUGUGGAAUCUUGCAGCCUGGGGAAGACUUCCUGUGCUUGGAAGGAAAGGAAUUUAACACGCUUAUCCGGAAUGAAAAAGGGGAGGUAGAGCAGGAGAAGUUGGAUAAAGUGUGGCCUAGACUUCGUGUUCUGGCUCGAUCAUCCCCCACAGACAAACAUACAUUAGUGAAAGGUAUAAUUGACAGUACAGUAGAAGAACAGAGGCAGGUGGUGGCUGUAACAGGUGAUGGUACGAAUGAUGGACCAGCACUGAAAAAGGCUGAUGUGGGAUUUGCUAUGGGUAUUGCUGGCACAGAUGUGGCAAAGGAAGCUUCAGACAUUAUCCUGACAGAUGACAAUUUCUCCAGCAUUGUGAAGGCGGUCAUGUGGGGCCGCAAUGUAUAUGACAGCAUCUCCAAAUUUCUGCAGUUUCAGCUAACCGUUAACGUUGUGGCAGUAAUUGUGGCUUUUACUGGAGCCUGCAUAACCCAGGAUUCUCCACUGAAGGCUGUACAGAUGCUGUGGGUCAAUCUGAUCAUGGACACUUUUGCUUCUCUGGCACUGGCUACAGAGCCUCCCACUCAAUCCUUACUUCUCAGAAGACCAUACGGGCGCAACAAGCCUCUCAUCUCCCGCACUAUGAUGAAAAACAUUCUUGGACAUGCUGUGUAUCAACUGACUAUCAUCUUCACUCUACUUUUUGCAGGCGAGACAUUUUUUGACAUUGACAGUGGAAGGAAUGCACCCUUGCAUUCACCUCCUUCAGAACACUACACCAUUGUCUUCAACACUUUUGUUAUGAUGCAGCUUUUUAAUGAAAUUAAUGCUCGCAAGAUACAUGGAGAGCGCAAUGUCUUUGACAAUAUCUUCCGGAACCCAAUCUUUUGUGCUGUGGUACUGGGUACUUUUGGGGCACAGAUCAUAAUUGUUGAGUUUGGAGGAAAGCCAUUCAGCUGUUCAGGACUCUCUUUAUCCCAGUGGUUCUGGUGCAUAUUCAUUGGUGUGGGCGAACUGCUUUGGGGUCAGCUGAUAUGUACAGUUCCCACCAGUCGGCUCAAGUUCCUGAAGGAGGCUGGGCAUGGUCCAAUGAAAGAAGAAAUUCAGCAUGAGGAACUCCAAGAGGAUGUGGAUGAGAUAGACCAUGCAGAGAUGGAAAUGAGAAGAGGCCAGAUCCUAUGGUUCAGAGGUCUCAACCGAAUCCAGACUCAGAUGGACGUAGUUUAUACAUUCCAGACGGGCGGUACCUCUUUACAAGGGGCUCUGAGGCGCCAGCCUUCCACCAUUAGCCAGCACCUCGAUGCUAAACAUGUCUCUAGCCCAACACACAUUAAAGUGGUGAAUGCGUUCCGCAGCUCCCUGUAUGAGGGGCUGGAGAAGCCACAAGCCCGCAGUGCCAUCCAUAGCUUCAUGACCCACCCUGAGUUCAUGCCACGGGAAGCGGGAUCUGCCCCUUCACUCACAGACAGUGACAGCGAGGGUGAGGAAUCUCGGGGUCUCCUGAAAGGACACGAAGAACAGACGCACAACCAUAACAACAACUCCUCUACUGAACCGUGCCCAACAGAAAUCAAAGUGUCCCCAUCUGAGAGCCCCAUGCACAGCAUGGAGACCUCUAUUUGAUACCAACCUUAAAGGCCUUCUCAGCUGGGCAUCUGUAUGAGGUCACCGCUCCUAACCCUGCGGUCCUGUUCUGUCGCUACCUUUGUCCCAUUGCAAAUCCACCAUCAAUUCAUCAUCCCAUUGCAAAUAUGAGCCAAAUGCAGAACUCUAGACACUAACACACACACACACACACACACACACACACACACACACACACACACAGCCACAAACUGUCAAAAUUGGGAAACAAACAGCCCUAAUACUAAACUCACACACCAUACACAGACUAAGCUAUGGCGGAGAGCCUAAUAUAGCCUUUCUUGAUCUGUAUCGUCCUAUGCUUUGUAUGUGUAUACGUAUAUUAAAAAAGUACAACAAUCCAUUAAACUAUUUUAUGUAAAAACACUAUCAAAAUGAUACAAUACAGUAUUAAUUUGAACUUUCAUGCAGUACAGCCAUACGAAUAGAAAUGCAGUAUAACUUCCCCCCAAAAAACAAAGCAUCUGUCUGUAUAUACUAUGUACAGUCAUUUUACUGCUAUCUUUACUACUACAUGUAAUAUUACAGCCAUAAAUUCCAAGAAAUGUAUACUUCAGGUAGUUGCAGUGACCUUUUGCAUAUUCAUGCUAAUGCUCUGCCUAAGCAUUUACCUGAUCAUGUAUUAAUUUUUGGAUCUGAUUACUCAUGAUCUUGUUAAAAUGUUCAUGAACUCCACGCAUGUCUGUCCUUUCCUUGACCUCUAAUCCGUCUGUCCCCCUUGUCUUGUGUGUUUGCAUGUUUGCCACUCUUACUUAAUAACCCCUGCUUGUUUCUCUCCAACCCCUACCCUACACUCUCAUCAUCUGCCUCUAAGCACCAGCUGUGCCAAUGAGAAUGGAGCUGGGCAAGGUAUCCUGAUUCCGACCAAAGUUUGCCAGACCUUACUUCUUCACCAGGAACUUUGCCCAUCGCAGCUGUCUUCCACCUGUAGAACUUUUCACCCUACGAGUCUCCCUUUUCUGUACAGCUGUGAACUUCUGCAGCUUCCCAAACCGCUGCAUAUCACCCAAAAUCAAGUUAAAGGCUGCGCCAUUGUGCCCCAAAACACCUGAUAUUGAAACUGGAAGAGACCAGAACAGGGUGGGGUGUAGGGGGCAUUUAACUGAAAGAGGAUUACACUGCCAGGCAAAAUGUGUGUGCGCAUGUGCAUAUUUGUGUGUAUGUAUAUAUCUGUGUGUACAUAUACAUAGACUCAAAUUUACAUAUAUACAAUUCUACGUAAUUUUACAAUCACUGUUUCAUGAAGAGGGCUAAUUUAAUUUUACAGUAAUGCUUUCUAGAUUUAGGAUAGAGGACGUUAUGCACUGCCAAUGCCCUUGUCCUGCUACUACAUUCAUAGCAUUUGGAAGGGAACACCAUGUAAUCGGAGAAGGCUGACACUGCAUGUUGUACUCCAACUUUAUAUGAAUGGUUUUUGGAAUUGCUCACAAACUAUAUGUAUACAUGCUGGGCAUAGAGAGAUAUGUCAGUGAUGCCUUUUUAUUAUGUAUAAAUUGUUUUGAGGGGGCGUUUGAGCGCAGACAGUAGCAAAGUGUAUGCAUGAACGCAUUUAACUGUCAAGGGGGCUUACAAUUUAAAACAAGGGGGCUGACAUUCUACCCCUCUAGAUGCGAGUUGGCUUCUUAUCCCUGUUGUUGUGCCUUCUUACAGCCCCUGUACACCUCUUGGUUUAAGUGUUCCUUAAAAAGAAGGGCAGUAAUAACUACAUGGCAAGAUCCAUCUAUGAGGGACAACCCCCCCCAGCUUCAGCUGCCAUUACUAGAAGUUCCCAUCUUCCCUCCACAGUUUUCUCAAUAAUGAUUGCACUUUGAUCUCAGUACCCCCCCCCCAUUUUGGAUAGAUAAGCCAUUCACAAGCUGUAUCAAUAGAUUAGGCUGCUCAGCGAGCGUUUGAUUCUCAUUCCAUCUUUUCAGUUUUAUUAAGACUGGUAAAUGUGUGGGUUUUUUUGGCCACAGAAUCACAAAGGGGACCAACCCUUUAUUUUAUCGCCUCUCUACCCAAGAAAUAUAUAUAUAUAAACAAUCUUAAGCCUUUUUGCUACUGUUAGCGCUUUCAGCUACAAAAAAGGCGUCUGUGAUGCAUAGCCGAAAGCUGUUCUAAUUGUCAUCACUGGUACAUUAAGAAUUUGUAAGCUUCUAUAUUGUACCUAAGAGGUUUACCUGAGAUAAGCCAUGGCUUUAUAAUAUAGAACUGCUAAUGUAAAAAUAAAAAAAACGGCAGUCUUGACAGUGAAUAAGGUUUGUAAAGGGUUUAUGUCAUUUUUAAGGCAGGUUUUGAAUGUGUGGAUCAGAGCUAGCAGUGAUGCUGCAGACCUCCUUUAGAAUAAGAGAUGUAAUGUCCUUCGACCAUCUCGGUUUAAUGCAAUCAUAUAAAGCUGCAGAAGCAACUACAUCCUCUUGAGCCAUGUGUUACAGACCACCUUGUUCAUGUUGGGGUUACCUAGAAAAUUUUGAUUAUAGACACUAUUACCUUCUAUUUAUCGCCUUUGGGAUUUUUUUUGCAAUGCUUUCAGUAAAACAAGCAUUUAUACCGGUAAA